AUGGCUACCGUGCUGCAGCGCCCGGCCGCGGGCACGGUCCAGUGCUUCGGCCGCAAGAAGACGGCCGUGGCCGUGGCCUACACCAAGCCGGGGCGCGGGCUGAUCAAGGUGAACGGCGUCCCGAUCGAGCUCAUCCGGCCGGAGAUGCUCCGCCUCAAGGCCUUCGAACCCAUCCUGCUGGCGGGGCGGUCCAGGUUCAAGGACAUCGACAUGCGGAUCCGCGUCCGCGGCGGCGGGAAGACGUCGCAGAUCUACGCCAUCCGCCAGGCCGUCGCCAAGGGGCUCGUCGCGUACUACCAGAAGUACGUCGACGAGGCCGCCAAGAAGGAGGUCAAGGACAUCUUCGCACGCUACGACCGCACCCUCCUCGUCGCCGACCCCAGGCGCUGCGAGCCCAAGAAGUUCGGUGGUCGCGGCGCCCGCGCCAGGUUCCAGAAGUCCUACCGUUGA